AUGAUCACCGGGCCGGGCUGCAUUUUGUCUGACAUGCGCGUUGCGCGCACGCACGCACGGAGGAGGCGUAACAGUAACACACUAUGCUCAAAUGCUUUCUGACGACUCCAUGAUAACUCGCUCUCGUGUCCUCACUACCUCCGUGAGAACACAAAAGUAAACCGGAUUCUUUUUUUUCUCGUUUGCUCUUGGAAUCAAAACGCGUCAAAUCGAUGAUUUUUGCUGCGUUCGAGCACUUUUUCCUCCCGCGGGGUUGUUGUUGUUGUUAUGAUUAGAUUUUUUUGAUUGUCGAUCGUCUCCGCCGCCACCCUGAAGUUCAUUGUGAUCAUUUUGGCCGCCGGCAUGGUGGCCUUUAUCGGCGCCGUUAUCUGCAUCAUCGCGGCCGUCCACACCGGAAGCACCAAGGCGGCACGGCAGCAGCCGGCAGCCGACAACCGAUCGCUGUACGCGCACGGCGCGACGCAGCCCCCCGCCACCAGAGGCUCAGCGGCCAGGACUGGCGCCUUGGGCGCUCUCCAUGGUUCUGAAGUGCCCGAAUCCGAGGCGCCGACCUUCCGCAUCGGGCUCGACGGUCUGGACGGGGUCACUGGACUAACCGGGCACGACCCAGCGGUCAGCCGACUCAUUUGCACGCCGAUCCCCGCCGGAGAGUGCGACCCGAGAAACUUUCAGCAACAAGCGGACGACCCGACGCUAUACGCGGGAGAGGACUGGGGCUACCUCCGCACCACCGCGGACGAGCUCCGGCAAACCGUCCUCCAGCAAAAGGAGCAAAUACAAACGGACCAGCGGACCAUCAGGGAGCUGACUGGCAAACUAUCCGAGUGCGAGAGGGGGAUGAAGGGUCGCGGUGGCGUCGGAGAGAGACGGAGAGGUGCCGCGGGCAUAUGGGGAGGCAAAAGCCCGGCAGAGCGGAUCAUGGUGCGGGAUAGCCCCGCGUCGGCACCUGACCACGUGCUCACGCUACGGGCUGUGAAUGAGCUGGAGCAGGCCAUCAGUCAGCUCAAAGACCGCAUUGAGAGACUGGAGGCCGACAUCAAUCUGUUUCCUCACAACCAGACGGACAUCGGCGCCUCGGCGCUUGCGGAGGACGACAACAAAUCUUUGAGCCCGGAAAUUUCAGUUGGCCAUAAAGCGGGUGCAGAAAGGCCCUUGACGGUGGAGGACUUGGAAGAGGAGCUUGAAAGGAAGGUGGAGCUGUUGGAGAAAGAGAGAAAAGCCUUGAGGCUGGAAACCCAAAGACACAGACAGGAAAUGGAGCGGGGGAUCGACAAGCUCCACCACCGACUCUCGGGAUUGGAGGAAGCCAAUUACUUUGCAGAGGGCUACAGACUCUCUUUCCCAUCCCGUACUAACUACAUGUACGCCGUGGUGAGACAGUUUAUUCCAAAGUUAUGGGCCUUCACCUUCUGCCUUUGGCUUCGACCCACGGAAGGAGGCAUCGGAACGCCCAUCUCUUAUGCCGUGCCGGAGCAACCUAAUGAACUGGUGCUACUCCAAGGUCUGCGUACGCCCACUGAACUUUUCAUCAAUGACAAGGUGGCCCAACUACCUCUGAACCUGUCUCGCGACAACUGGCAACACGUAUGUGUGAGCUGGAACCAGAAAGGAGGAGCGUGGCAGGCCUACCAGGGGGGCAAGCUGAGAGGAGAAGGCCACGGCCUGGCGGACGGUCAUAAUAUUAGACCUGGAGGAGUGUUAGUCCUAGGUCAAGAGCAGGAUUCCCUGGGCGGAGGCUUUGAUUCAACUCAAGCUUUAGUCGGAGAGUUGUCCCAGGUGGCUGUGUGGGACCGAGUCCUGUCUGCCGAGCAGGUGGCCGGCUUGGCUCGUUGUGGGACGGUGACCCAGGGCAGCGUGGUUCCUUGGACUGAGCGUGGAGUGGAGGUUUAUGGCGGAGCCACUAAGUACCCGGGGGAGCCUUGUAGUAAACACGGCCGCAGCUCCAAGUGACAGAUGGAGCGUUUGAGGGAAAGGAGGAAGUUUGGGUUUUUUUUAGAAUAAAAAGUUGUUAGCAUUCCAUUUUUGCAGUUACAUAAUAUGGACAAAAAGGAUGAAAGGGCAGCUAGCCAGGAUGUGGUAUUU